ACUGCAGAGACCUAUACUUGAAAAAACCACACGAUGCUCGUGAGAAACCAUCACGUACACCAACGGCAAAGCUGGAUUUUUGACAGCAGAAGCAACUGACCAAGACCCACUGUAUUUUAUCAGAGUAACCUUACCGGCGGACAGUGCAUCACGAGGCGUUAUAAACAUCCACCUCACGGAAAAAAACUGAAAAUGCCGCUGGGUGAAGAGAAGAACGGGGCUUGCGAUAGGUCCAUAUAUGUGAACAAUCCUCAUUUAGAGUCCAUGACAGAAGACAUCCUUUACCAUUUCAACCUGGGAACAUCCACUCACGACUUACCUGCCAUGUUUGGAGAUGUCAAAUUUGUGUGUGUAGGAGGAAGUCGAUGGAGGAUGAAGUCUUUCACUGAAUACAUUGCCAAAGAACUGGGGCUAUCAGAGCCUAAUGCUGAUUACCCAAAUAUAUGUGCAGGAACCGAUCGCUAUGCCAUGUACAAAGUUGGACCUUUGCUGUCUGUCAGUCAUGGCAUGGGCAUCCCAUCUAUCGCUAUAAUGUUGCAUGAGCUUAUCAAGCUCCUGUAUCACGCCCGCUGCACUGAUGUCACUGUAGUUCGCAUCGGGACGUCAGGUGGAAUAGGAUUAAAGCCAGGGACUGUGGUGGUUACCAAACAGUCAGUGGAUUCUACGUUCCAGCCUCGUUUUGAGCAGAUCAUCCUGGGGAAACUAGUGGUCAGGAGCACAGAACUUGAUGGGGAACUUGCAGAGGAGCUGCUUCAGUGUGGCAAAGACCUCGCCGAGUUUGAGACUGUCAUUGGUAACACAAUGUGCACCCUUGACUUCUAUGAAGGUCAAGCUCGGCUGGAUGGGGCCUUCUGCUCAUACAGCGAAGAAGAUAAACAGAACUACCUUGCCGAAGCCUAUGCUGCUGGAGUUCGUAACAUUGAAAUGGAGUCAUCUGUGUUUGCGGCCAUGUGCAAACUGAGCAAUCUACGAGGCAUGUCAUUUAAAUGCAACAGUUAAUAAGUAAUUCUUGCACAAGAUUGUGAUAUUUCAUGUGAAAUUUGUUUGGUUAAUGCUGAAAAGCCUUUAUGCACGGGUGCUAUUUAUGGGUUUAUGAUCUUUCAUUGCAGUUUGUUGGGUUAAUUUUCCCUCUUGUCACACAUUAAGCCUGCUGAUAUGGGUUAAGGUUAUGUUAUAAUAUUGACCUGUUUCUUCAGCUGUGGUUGUGUGUGUAGCACUGCUGGACAGACUGAAAGGAGACCAGCUGACCAGCUCUCAUGACGUCCUGAAUAACUACCAGGAGCGACCUCAGGUCUUGGUGGGGCACUACAUCAAAAAGAAGCUGAAUGCCUCUAAGAAAGGCUAGUUAGUUUGAAAGCUCUUCAAUAAAACUUUGAGAACAGUCGCAGGUGAAGGUAGGAAAAAAAUAUAGUGAAGUUUUGAUCGGAACAAUUUUUUUAAAAUAUAUAUGGCAACGCAGCUCUUAUAAGUUUAUCAAAUAUAAUCAAAAUAAACUGAAAUACCUUUUUCUACUGUUUAAUACUGCUUACUAACAUGCUCAUGCAAACUCAUUAAUUGAAUGUAAUUCCUUAAUUUCCUUGUUUUAAAUUGGUAACAAGCACAUUAUGUUCUAUCUAGACAAAUUGAUUUGUCUUAAAUACCAGAUAUUUAUUAUGGUUUUAAAAGGCACUGUAUUAAAAAUACUCUUGAUGAUGUUGUUGUGUAAAAGGGAAAGAUGUUAUAAAAGAGAGAGGACUAAGCGGUUUUAGCACUAGUUAUAUUAAAAGGGUCCAGAGAGCAUUUUCGCUAAACCUCUGUUUGUAGGUCUAUGUUACAAACAAUUUGUUUGUAAAGUUGUACUGUAAUGUUCACCGAUGUCUUAAAUGAAAUGUUCGCAAAACAUUAUUAUUACACGAUAUUUCUCCUUAACAUGGAUUAAGGAUUAUUAUUUUAUUCCUGUAACUGAAUGUUUUAUAAUAAAUUUUCUUAAAAAUAAAACACAAAGAUAAAAUGA